AUGGAUCCACAAUCCAGCAAUGCUCGAAUUCAGAGUAUUGUGCCAGAUUUCCUAAAGAAUGGCAACCACGUGCAGAUUGCCACCCUGCCCCUUUCAUCAGCGGUGAAAGAGUUCCGCAAGAUUCCGGUCACCGCUGUUUUAGGAUGGAGACUUUCACCGAGUUCUGGGAGCACAGGAAUUGCCCGACAGAAUCUACAAUUCCUCUGGAGCCUGCUACAGCUGAGAUUCUGCAGGGUCCCCAUGAGCGACUCUUGGAUACCAACAGAAACUGGGCUUCUGGCCAUCAGAAAAUCCAGACCGUCCUCCUUCAGCGGCAGCCUGCCCACGUGCUCCCUGCUCCCAUAUGUGAACGAGUGUGAAAGUGGAAGCCACGACUGUCACAGCUCGGCCUCCUGUUUCAACAUCCCCGGAUCUUUCCAAUGUGUGUGUGAGGCUGGUUACACUGGAGAUGGGCGGGACUGUACAGAUGUUAACGAGUGUGCGAAUCCAGCAAUGAACCAGUGUGACCCAAACGCAGAGUGCCUGAACUCUGAUGGUUCCUACAGCUGUGAGUGCAAACCCUACUACACAGGGAAUGGGACACAUUGUGAAGGUUGUUUUUGCCCACCAGAAAUUAUCCCAGGAACAGCGAAUCAGCCAGCUCUUUCAGGCAAUCCCUGUCUGUGUGUAUCAGGCUUCAUCAUGUCCAAUAACUUCCCGAGUCUGUACCAGAACAGUGCAGACAUGUACUGGUUCUUCAACAUGGCUCAGAUGUCUAACGCCUCUCGACGAUACACAGGAAUCCGAUUCUGGGUGCAGUCACUGUCUGUGGAGUCCCAGGAGGAUUACAUCUCCUUCGGAUGUGGAACAGAUCCCAAGCGACGGAAGCAGUUCGCACUGACCAAGAAACACUUGAACACCACGACCUUUGACCUCUCCAACUGCACAGACUCCUGGGUCCAUUUCCACUCUGGCCCAAAUGUGCCGAACACAAGGUUCAGAAUUUACUAUGAAAUGGUGCCACGUCUGUGCCAGAGCCUGAGUUGUGACGUCAAUGCCGCUUGUCACACAGAUAGCUCCGGGUCCCUGGUAUGUCGCUGCAAACCAGGCUGGAGGAGAUCAGGUCCCAGGUGUUACGAGCUCAGGAACAUAGUGCAAGCUGUAACAGCCAAUGUCACAGGGCCCAACGUCACAUUGAGAUGGACGGUCAUCCCAAUACCGGGAACUGAGAUUCUCAACUACCAAAUUAAUACAAACUGCACAAACCACACCAACGGGGCCAUCCAACUGCAAAUGUUCCAGCCUGGAAACACCACCAAUUUACUGUUAACUGGUCUGGGUCCCCUGUCACUGUGUACCACUGUGAUCCAGGUAAACACUUCCUCAGAUGGCCUGGUGACCACUCAGCCUUUUACCUUCAAGACUUACUCUGAAAAGAUUCCAGAAGCCCUGAGUUUGACCUCCAUCUCCACCACCAGUGCUGUGGUCUCCUGGGCCCCUCUUGCGGGUGUGAGAGCUCUGAGGGGCUGCAGUUUGCAGUACUACAGCGUUGGGAGCCCCAGCACUGUCCACAUGGUCAGCUUUACCUUAACCAGUUCAGAAGCAGUGAUCACAGGAUUGAAACCAGGCACUACCUAUACUGUGUCCAUUGUAUGUCUCACUGUCUUUAACCAGACUCUCAGCUCCAAGCCGCUUAAUGUCACUACUCUCCCAACUUUGAGGUUCAUCAUCAAUGUGUAUGCUUCCCAUAUAACCUCAUCUACUGCUGUGAUUGGCUGGGAUCUACACCCUGCAAAUGCUGCCCUGGUUUGGUCCUACUCCAUUACCUGUGGUCCUUAUGAAGGUGGUGGGCCCAACAAGAAUAUAAUUGCUUUCCCGCCAAUAACCACUGUGAUCCUCACAGAUCUGAACGAGUCAACUGUCUACAUUGUAACUGUUUCUGCAAAAACACUGUUUGGACAAGAGGACACUGGUUCAAUGUUGAGGUUUAUGACACAAAGCUUUACUGUUCCAUCAAACAAGACCCCAGCAGCACCCCAGGAAGUGAGGGUAGGAGAAUUUGAAUCGUACUGUGUGCUUGUCAGCUGGAAACCACCUUCUGUGCCCUCGAAUGAGACCAUACAAUACAAUGUUAAUGUCCAGGUCCCUGGUUCCUCGCCUGUACGAUAUACAACAAAUGCAAACUAUAUCUACUUGCGAGAUUUGCCUCCGAAACCCGCCUAUAACAUCACAGUUUCUGCGGUGAACCACCAAGGUGAAGGAUUACCCAGUAAGAAGGUCUCCCUCAGGAUGCUAGGAAAACCGAAACCUACACCUGUACAAAAGAUAAAGCCAAGGCUGCUAAUCAAUGAGGCUGUCUCUAUAAGGGCAUCAAGUAUAAUGUUGAGACUACCAGAGUGCGGGAUGUUCGAUAUAGCUGCCAGACAGUUGGAUGCAUCGUAUGGUCAACUCUCAAUUUAUGUCGUUGUUGCAGAGAAUGAAGUUGCCGACAAGAAUUUUACACUGCUGUCUUUGAAUACAAUCAAUGGGGUCUCCAAUCAAUCUGACCCAGGACAGCAAAGUCCGUAUGUUGCACAGCAACACCUCUCUGUGUACGACUGUGAUGAUGGAAAGAAUCUGGACCCUUCUAGGGCCUUGCAGUACUACGUGAUUGGCUCCAAUGGAACGUGCCACUCUAUGGACAUCUGUGACAAGCCACUGCACUCCAACACAACCUACAGGAUCAAAUAUCUUCUGGUUGAUCAAGACAGAGGCGAGAUCAUGAGCAGCAAUUGGUCGGAUAAAUUCCGGACAAAACGAGCCAUCCCAUAUCAAACGCUGGAGGAGGACUGGCAACGCUCAGCUGGAAUGAUUGUCAUCACAGUCCUGUCACUGGUUUUCCUCAGCCUCCUAGUACUUGGCCUCCUCUUUAUGUGGUGCUACAGGAGGAAGAGGACUGGAAUUAUGAAGAAUAAUUGGAUGGGCUAUGAUACACAUUUUAAAAAGGACAAGUGCAGGAAGAAUAUAUUGACAGCAAUGAUUGAAGGACAGCAAAAUGAGAAAGUCAAGAACAGUCUGUUCUUUAUUCAUCCCCAGGAUCAAUGUUCCAAUGAGGACAAUACCUCUAGAUCCUGGAACAUUCCAGAAUACCACAGUAUUUAUGGGGAGAAGAGGCUGCCUAUUGAUCAUGGAUUGCAUUCUGAUCAUCUCCUGUUCAGUUCUGCCUCUACACCCUCAAACACAAGCCGAUCAGUACACAAGAGUGGCUUCGUUCUGACAGGAUGCGUACAGGAUCGAUUGAUUAAAUCUGGAUCGUUGCUGAUGGGAUCAACUCAGACUCGAUCAACUCAGACUGGAGCAAGUCAGACUCAGUGGGCAGCAAAUGGAUUGGAUCAUGCUGGAUUGGCGCACACUGUGUUGGCACCUAGACCCGUCCAAACUGGAUUCAUGCAAAACAGAUCGGCACAGACUGGAGCAACACAAACAGCAUCAGUGCAGAAGGGAUCAGUGGGAUCUGGGCUGUUACAGGACGGAUUGUUUCUGACUAGACUGUCUCAGCAAACUGGGAGUGGUACAGUGAAGUCUGCUCACAGCUCCAAGAGUGCUACUAGCUUCGCCCAGACCCACUCAGAACAAACUGGCAUGGUACAGACCAGGAUGGCUCAGAAUCAAUUGGUUCAAACUGACCCAAUAUGGAGUGAAUCGUCCCAGACUGGCACGAUGAAGUCUGCCAGCAGGUUCAGUGCUACAUCAAGUUUGGUUGAGUCAAUAAGGAGCAGAUCCUCGACCAAUUUCCUGCAGCCACCCACCAGCACUAGGUAUUCCACUGGCUUAACCCUGGCUAACUCGGUACAAACUGGCAGUGUACAGACCAGGACAGUACAGAAUCGACUGGUUCAGACUGACCCAGUAUGGAAUGAGACACUCCGGACUGGUACGCUGCAAUCUCUUAGCAGGUUCAGUGAUACAUCUAGUUUGGUAGAGUCAAUAAGGAGCAGAUCCUCGACAGGUUUUCUCCAGUCAGCCAACAGAACUCAAGUUUUUAAAACUUCAUCAGCCUCCAGUGAAAUUGGUGAUGAAUGACCAUCAAUGCAGUCUCAACUCCAGCUGAAGCUUGUACAAGAUUUUUUUUGGAGCAAGAGGCGUAGUAGUUGAAAACAUUCUUUUAAAUUAUGCUAAUGAUGUGGCUUUAAGAGUUGAGGAUUUAUUACGACGACAAACUGGAAAGCCAGCAUUUUUUUCAUUCUCAGAUGACAAGGUUUAGAGCUGGAUGAACACAGCAGGCCGAGCAGGAAAGAUGACAUUUCACGCCUAGAUCCGUUUCAUUUCUGAAAAGGGUCUCGGCCCGAAAUAUCAGCGAACCUGCUCCUCUGCUGCUGCUUGGCCUACUGCAUUCAUCCAGCUGUACACCUUGUUAUCUCAUAUUCUCCAGCAUCUGCCGUUCCUGCUAUCUAUUCAAUUUCAUAUUGCCAUUUUUGUUCAUUAAUCACAAUGAGUUAUCCAGGUGAACAUACUGUCAGCAUCUGCAAAAAAAGCACAGUAAAUGUGUUUCACUGGAGCUGCAAUGUUAACUCUUAUUUUCUCCGCACAGCUGCUGCCAGACCUGCUGAGUUUUUUGAGCAAUUUCUGUUUUUGUUUCAACAGGUGUAGUUCUUAUUUAAGUUGUUAUCAGGGUGCAUGACUUAUAUUAAAAUUGGGGGUUCAAGUUUGUAUGCUCUAUAUCUUAGAAGAAACCUGUCAAUGCUGCCAUAUUUUAACUCCAAUAAAA